CUUAGCCCUGGUCCGCUUCGGCAAUCCGAGGUCGGCACGCCUCCCCGUAUCUUGCGCCGCCACCAUAAAACCAGGAGGCGGCCACGAUUCAACACCACGAAGCGAACUCGGGCGAAUCACCUGUGCUCUUGAGCCACGACGAUGCCCUCCCGCGAUGGCGGCCCUGCCGUCAUCCACCCUCAACCGCCGCCUCCGCCGCCGCCGCCUCUGCCGUCGUCCAGCUUCGCGCACUUCGUUCCCCAGUACCACCCCGCCAUGGUGCCGUACGCGCCGCAGCCCGCGCAGCUGGUGUACUCGCCCUCGAGCGCCGCCGCCGCCGCCAAGGCCGAGGUCCGGGACGUGUGGGCCGGGAACUUCGAGGAGGAGCUCUCCAACAUCGCGGCGCUGCUGCCCUACUACCCCUGCGUGUGCGUGGACACGGAGUUCCCCGGCGCCGUGCACGACUCGGGCACGCCGCGCUACCUCCGCGGCCCGCGCGAGAGCUACGCGCUGGUGAAGAGGAACGUCGACGACCUCAAGCUGCUCCAGGUGGGGUUCGCGCUGUCGGGCGCCGCCGGCCGCUGCCCCGUCGCGUGGCAGUUCAACGUCCGGGGCUUCGACCCCGCGCGCGACCCGCACGCGCCGGCCUCCAUCGCCAUGCUCCGCGCGCAGGGCAUGGACUUCGCCACGCUGCGCGAGUUCGGCGUCCGCCCGGACGACUUUGCCGCCGGGUUCUACCGCUGCGGCCUCGGCUGCGGGCAGCUCACCUGGGCGGCGUUCGCCGGCGCCUACGACUUCGCGUACGUCGCCAAGGUGCUCACCGGCGGCCGCCCGCUGCCGGACACGCUGGACGGGUUCCACGCCCUGGUCCAGGGGCUCUUCGGGCCCAAGGUGCUCGACGUGAAGCACCUCGCGAGGUGCUGCGGCCACGGCGGCAUCCGCGGGGGGCUGGAGCAGGUGGCCGCCGCGCUCGGCGUCAAGCGCGCCGCCGGCCGCGCGCACUGCGCCGGCUCCGACAGCCUGCUCACCAUCGACGUGCUCCUGGCGAUGGUGGACCGGUUCUUCAGGAACAGCAGCGUGCUCUCGCACGCCGGCACCAUCGUAGACUUAGCGUAGCUUGUAGCUACUGGGAUUAGUGUAGUUUGUACUGCAGGCAUGCUAAUUUGUACUCCUUUUGUUCCAAAUUAUAGGUCCAAAUUAAAAUUGUAGAUUCAAAUUAUAGGUCAUUUUGAUAUUUCUUGCUAUGUAUUUAGAUAUGGUAUAUAUUUAGAUACAUAGUAAAAAUUAUGCAUCUAGAAAUAUCAAAACGACCUAUAAUUUGGAACGGAGGAAAUACAAAUUAUUGUUA